AUUGCACAGUUUGGCUGUUACAGAUCAUGGCUUGCAUCUUCACCUACUACCUGAUGCUGAACCCCUCACAGCACUGCACCAACCUGCAGCUGUUGCCGUCUAUUUAUACACCCACAACAUGCUCGUGUAAAUGCAGAGUGUGCUGUUGUGUUUCGAUGGAGAUCAGCUUCAGUGUGACGAGAACGUCCUGCUCUUUCGUCGCCCCGAGCGAGCCGACGCCGAAGGACACCCUCAUUCUCUCCGUCAUCGACCGGGUCGCGGGGCUGAGGCACAUGGUGCGAUCGCUGCACGUGUUCAAGCACGGCCGCGAGCCGGCCCGGGUGAUCAAGGAAGCGCUGUCGAAGGUGCUGGUGCAGUACCACCCUUUUGCCGGCCGGUUCGUGGACUGCGAGCACGGCGACGUACGUGUGGCUUGCACCGGCGAGGGGGCCUGGUUCGUUGAGGCCACCGCGAACUGUAGCCUCGAGGACGUGAAGUGUCUCGAUCUCCCUCUCAUGAUCUCCAAGGAUGAACUGCUUCCUCUGCCCAGCCCCGACAUUGACCCCAUGAAUCUGCCCCUCCAAAUGCAGGUGACGGAAUUCACCUGUGGCGGAUUCGUCGUCGGCCUCAUCUCUAUCCACACCAUCGCCGACGGCCUCGGUGCUGCACAGUUCGUCAACGCCAUCGGGGAGGCUGCUCGGGGCCUGCCGACGCCCACCGUCGACCCGGUAUGGGCCCCGGAGAUCAUCCCCAGCCCUCCCAAGCUCCCUCCCAACGGCCCACCAGUCCUCCCCGCCUUCAAGCUGCUGUACGACACCAUGGACGUCUGCCUCGAUGCCAUCAACCAGAUCAAGGCCCAGUACCUCGAGCACACCGGCCAGCGCUGCUCCACCUUCGACGUGGCGAUCGCGAAGCUGUGGCGGGCCCGCACCCGCUCAAUCCAGCUCGACCCCGGCGCCGACGUCCACCUCUGCUUCUUCGCCAACGCCCGCCACCUCCUGCAGCAGGUGCUGCCCGCAGCAGGUGGCUACUACGGCAACUGCUUCUACCCGGUGGCCGUCACCGCCCGCAGUGGCCAGGUAGCUGCAGCGGAGCUCGUAGACGUCGUGAAGAUCAUCAGGGACGCCAAGGCCGGGCUCCCUGGCGACUUCGCCAAGUGGGCGACGGGGGACUUCAAGGAGGACCCCUACGAGCUCACGUUCACGUACGACUCGCUGUUCGUGUCGGAUUGGACCCGGCUGGGCUUCCUCGACGUGGACUACGGGUGGGGGAAGCCGCUCCAUGUGAUACCAUUCGCGUACUUCGAUUUCAUGGCGGUCGGCAUCAUCGGGGCGCCGCCGGCGCCUAAUAAAGGGACUCGGAUAAUGACGCAGUGCGUGGAGAAGGAGCACAUGGAAGCGUUCCGGGAGGAGAUGAAGUCCUCCGCAGUCUAAAAGAAUCGAAGUCCCCCAGUUGCUUUGCACAUCAUAAUGUUCAUCAACUAUUGUUUGCUCAAACAAUAUCUUGUACGCAUAACUAGAACUAGGAGAUUGGCGUGUGGAAUCAAGCUUUUCGAUUCAAAUUCAAGGUUGGAAUUGUUUUCAGUGAUCCAA